UCGAACAGCACUGCCAAAGCAUUGGACACCGCAUUUCAAAUCAUUUUAGUGUCAAAAUUUUUUUUUUAAUUUUAAAUGUGUUUGUUUUAAAUUCUAAUGUUAAUUAUUUAUUUUAAACAAAAACAGUCGUGGGUGUAAUAAAGAAAAUUAAUUGUAAUUACCGGCAGGAGUGUUUUUCUUUGUUAUAAAUUCUGUGUAUUUCUGUUGAAGCAAUAAAUUACAAUUUGUUUCUGUGUUCUGUUAUUUUAAUAGUUUAGUGUAUGUAAUUUAGUAAACAAUAAUUACGUGGACAACAAUAUGGUACCAAAUCGAAAUAAAUCACUCUGUGUAAAUCAAAAUGUGAAUAAGACUGAAAAUUAUGAAGAAGCAUACCGACGAUCUUUAGAAGACCCUGAAGGUUUCUGGGCUGAAGUCGGUGCAGUAGUCGAUUGGUACAAGCCCUGGGAUAAAGUUUUAGACAAUAGUGCUCAACCUCUAACUGAUUGGUUUGUUGGAGGUCAAAUAAAUGCAUGUUACAAUGCAGUCGAUCGUCAUAUCAAGGCAGGCAAGGGUAAAAAAGUCGCCUUAAUYCACGACAGCCCUGUGACCGAAUCUGUGACAAAAAUUACUUACGAUGAUCUAUAUGAAAAAGUAUCAUUGUUAGCUGGUGCUUUGGUAAAUCUGGGUGUAGUAAAAGGUGAUCGUAUUUUGAUUUAUAUGCCUCUUAUACCAGAAGCUAUUAUUUCAAUGUUGGCUGUAGCUCGUAUUGGAGCCAUUCAUUCUGUGGUUUUUGGAGGAUUUGCAGCUCGUGAACUUUGUGCACGUAUCAACCAUGCUACUCCUAAGGUUAUAAUAGCAGCUAAUUGUGGGAUUGAACCGAACAAAAUAGUAAGGUACAAAGAUAUUCUAAACUCUGCUCUUGACCGGGUAACAGAAAAACCUAAACACUGUAUUAUAUACCAAAGACCAAACAUGAAACCUUCUCCAUUAACUCCAGGAAUUGAUAUACUUUGGUCCGAUGCAUUGUCGACAGCUAAACAUCAUYCAUGUGUGCCGGUGGAAGCAAAUCAUCCUCUUUAUAUAUUGUAUACUUCAGGCACUACGGAUAAACCUAAAGGAAUUGUUAGACCAACUGGUGGACAUAUUGCCACAUUAUGCUGGACAAUGAGCUGCAUUUAUGGUAUGACGGAAGAUGAUGUUUGGUGGACUGCAUCCGACAUGGGGUGGGUUGUAGGACAUUCGUACAUAUGUUAUGGUCCACUUUGCGCUGGAAUCACAUCAGUUAUGUAUGAAGGUAAACCGGACAGGACACCCGAUCCUGGACAAUAUUUUAGGGUAAUUCAAGACCAUAAAGUGAAUGGACUGUUUACGGCACCAACUGCUUUAAGGGUCAUCAGAAGAGAAGAUCCAGAUUUGGAGUUUGGUAGCAAAUAUAACACUAAAUCUCUAAGAACUCUAUUUGUGGCUGGAGAACAUUGUGAUCAUGAAACCUUGGCUUGGGCUGGAAAAGUGCUGAAUGUACCUGUUUUGAAUCACUGGUGGCAAACUGAAACUGGUCAUUCAAUUACGGCUACUUGUCUUGGAUUUGGGCAUAAUCUAAAACCUCCUAUGUUUUCUGCCGGAAUGCCGUUUCCUGGAUAUGAUGUGAGAAUUUUAAAAGAAGAUGGUAGUCCGUGUCAGUUAUUGGAAUUGGGUCGAAUUGUGGUCAAACUUCCAUUACCGCCAGGAGUCAUGUCAUGCUUGUAUAAUGCCCCCGAAAGAUUUAUUAACACAUACUUCAAUAACUUUAUUGGUUAUUAUGAUACAAUGGAUGCUGGAUACGCCGAUGAAAAUGGUUAUAUAUAUGUCACAGCCAGGGACGAUGAUGUUAUUAAUGUAGCUGGACAUCGGCUUUCGACAUCAGCAUUGGAAGACGUAAUCCUAUCUCAUCCGGACGUUGGCGAUGCAGCUGUAUUUGGCGUCCCGGAGACUACGAAAGGAGAAAUACCCUUAUGCCUUUAUAUUAAAAAUAAAAAUUGCAGCAAAAAAGAAGAAGAUAUAAACAAUGAAAUCGUACAAAACGUUCGAGAUUUAAUUGGACCGAUCGCAUCAUUCCAUUUGUGUGCCCCAGUACAAGGUUUGCCAAGAACUCGAUCKGGAAAAACGGCUAGGAAAUCAUUAUCAAAUUUAGCUAGUGGGAAAAAAGUGAUUAUAUCAGGUACAAUAGAAGAUCCUUCAGUAUAUUUGGAUAUCAAACAGGUGUUGCAAAAACUUGGUUAUGCUAAAAAUGCUCCAGACCCCGAAAUUGAAAAAUAACAAAGCAUUUGUAACAAAAUAUAUGUAAAAUUUAAUUUAUUUUUAAAUUUAAAUUAGUA